GUCAGAGUCCGUUCCUGCGCCUGUGAGAAUCCGUUCCUGGUCCUGUCCUGGCUUCUAAAAAGGCCUGUGCUCCUUGGCUUGCGGCCCCUUCCUCGCCAGGAGCGCGGCAUCUUCCCAACUCUGACCCCCACCUCCCUUUUAUGAGGACUCAGUGAUGACAUCCGGCCCACCUGGAGGACACAGGACCAUAUCCCACGUCAGAAUCCUUAAUCACAUCUGCAAAGUCCCUCUUGCAGAGAUUCCCAGGUCCCAGGGAUUAGGAUGUGGACAUCUUUGGGGGCCGUCGUUCAGAGUGCCACACCCAGGAAGGGGGCAGCUGCCUCUUUUUUGGGCCACUCACUCCUUGUCAAUGCUAGGGAGAGAUAGGGCCACCUUGAGGCAGCUGCUGGGGGUUUGAGGAACCUCCUGCUUCUCCAGUCCUCGAUCCUCUCCCUGUGGUCCCUUGUUUUGGGGUAACCAUGACCGGCAGGGAUGCAGCUGCUGGUGACGUUUGUCCACAGCCUGCAACCGGACUUGAAGACAGGCAUGUCUCAGGCUGAAGACAGAGCCUCAGGGCUCUCUGGGUUGGGGCAGGGGCUGCUUUGCAGGUGUGGGGUCUCCCCUCCCCAAAAUGCAGGGUGGGAGAGGUGCCAGCCCUGGGCUCCAACUGUAGGGAGCCGAUUCUCUGGGGCAGACAGACACACAAAGGGGUUACUGCGAUGAAGGCCAGUAGAUAGAGCUGUCAGGUCCCCACAGAGGAUGAUCGUAAGACAGGGAGUGGACGACUGAGUGGCUCUCACCAGGCGAAGUGAGAAGGAACCCGUGCAGCAGGAAAGGGCAGGAGCACAGAGGUGGCCUCGGGUCACAGACAAGGGGCAAGAGAGAAACGGGCAGAGGCAGCAGGAAAGGGCAGGAGCACAGAGGUGGCCUCGGGUCACAGACAAGGGACAAGAGAGAAACGGGCAGAGGCAGCAGGAAAGGGCAGGAGCACAGAGGUGGCCUCGGGUCACAGACAAGGGCCGAGAGAGAAAUGGGCAGAGGCAGCAGGAAAGGGCAGGAGCACAGAGGUGGCCUCGGGUCACAGACAAGGGCCGAGAGAGAAACGGGCAGAGGCCCGUGGGAUGCCUUGAGCCUGUGUCUCAAUGGGUUCCUCACUCAGCCUGGGGCUGAGGGGCAGGGAUGGGGCAGUCCCCUGGGCAUGGGAGGCAGUGGAGGAACAAGGAUGAGGACCCGGGCCCUGGAGUCGCACUGCCAGCGUUCCAAUCCCAGUCUGCCUCUUCCAGCUGUGUGGCCUUGGGAAAGUGACUUAGCCACUCUGGAAAAUGGGGGUGCUUCCAGCUGUGUGGCCUUGGGCAAGUGACAUUUCCACAUCUGGAAAAUGGGGGUGCUGCUAGCAGCUGCAUGCUGGGGUUUUCAGAAGGAUCAGAUGAGUAGGCUAUGUGGCAAGUGCCCAGAAUAGUGCCCAGCGCAGUGAGAGCGUUAAAAACUCUCCAUCCUUAUUGUCCAAGCGGGCAUGGAGGUGGUGGGGAGGGACAGGUGGAGGAAACAUCAAGCCGGGCCCGGAGCAGGACUUGGCUCUGAGUUCAGGGUUCCUGCCUUGCCCUCCCUCUACUGCCUCUGCCCGAGGCCAGUGCCCCUGUGGUCACCGUGGUUACAGGAUUGGCCCUUUUCAGCCGAGGCGUGAGCACCAGCCUGGAGGAACAGGUUCCCCACCACCUGCUGUCCCCGGUGGGAGCCAGCUGUCCGCUCUUCAGCCAGGAACCAAGCACCGAGCAUCACCAUGAGCCAGACGCUGGGGUGUAAGGAUUGGAGAUCCUGCCUCCCACCUGCGCGGCCUCAUGAUGUGGGUAGGGCCAAAGAGUGAGGAGAGGGCGGAAAACCUAGAAAUAGAUGCACAAGCAAAGCCUGCUCAGUGCCAUGUCCCCGUGACUACCCCACGGUCCCAGUCCCCAGUGGCCAUGAACCCUGGCUGCCCACGGCUGGCAGCUGUCCCCUUCACCAGAGAGCUGUCCUUGGGGGAAAGGGCGCUUCUUCCUCCAGAAGGUGACUCCUACCCCCAGGAAUGGGGCAGCCAGUGGCGAGCUGCCAGCUCUCUCGGGUGGGACGGGGCAGUCACACUUCUGUGCCCCCGGUGUGAUGGGGCCAGGCUGGUCAUAGCUGUGUUUCCGCCUUGCCUGGCUGUCCCCUGCUCGGCCCUUCUCUCCCCUUCCCCUAGGAAGACUCCCGCGAUAAACUGGUUUCACAAGACUUCCCAUCCGCAGUCCCUGAUCAAGAUGGGAGGAGGCCAGGCCUGGGACCCCCUGGGGCCUCAGCCAGCCCUGGUGCCUUCCUGGACGGAUGGGAGGCGCAGGCCUCGGGGGUCGCUCCUGUCUGGAGUUUUAGAAUGCUGCCUUUUUAUGUGAUCUUCCGAGAGCUGCUGUAAAAAUGUACUGCAGACUGGGUGGUUUGGAACGAUAGAACUCUAUUCUCCAACAGUUCUGGAGGUCGGAAGUUCCAAUCCAGGUGCCGGCAGGGCCACACUGCCGCAGAGGGCCCCGGGGGAGGGUUCUUUCUGCCUCUCCGGGCUGCUGGUGGCUACAGGUGCUCCGAGUUCGCGGUUGCGCCCCUGCCAUUUCCGCCUCCACAUCAUCCCUGUGCGUCUGUCUGCUCUUUUCUUGUGUGUGGGCCGGGGAGUGGGGACAGAGUCUCACUGUGUUGCCCAGGCUGGAGUGCAGUGGUGUGAUCUCAGCUCAUUGCGACCUCCGCCUCCAGGGUUCAAGUGAUUCUCCUGCCUCAGCCUCCCUGAUAGCUGGAUUUAUAGGCGUGCACCACCAUUCCUGGCUAAUUUUUGUAUUUUUAGUAGAAAUGGGUUUCACAGUGUUGGCCAGGCUGGUCUCGAACUCCUGACCUCAGGUGAUCCACCUACCUCAGCUUCCCACAGUGCUGGGAUUACAGGUGUGAGCCUCGGUGCCGCCUGUGUCUGUUCUUCUUGUAGGGCCUGCCCUCCUCCAGGAUGAGCUUAUCACAGGAGCCUCAAUUCCAAAUAAGACCCCAUCCGCAGGGUCUGCGUGGACAUGGGCUUGCGGGGACCGUAUUUGACCCACACUGCACUUGUCCUUGGAAAGCCACCUCUGGCUGCAUUUUUGGUGUUCGUGCUUUGACUCUCGCUGCUUGUCUCAAGGACCUCUGUGGGUCCAUCUCAUCCUAGCACUGCUAGGCCAUGCUGCGCCUUCCGGGGAGAGGGUCUGCAGGUUUCAGGCCAGACCGUGACCUCCCUUGCCCUGCCUGUCGGAGAACCAACCUCCUCGUAACUAGGAAGUAAUGAGGUCAGCGGAGACAAAGACAUUAAGAGACAAGAAACUCUCUUUCCCACCUUGCCAAGAUUCUUCUAGCUGCAAGUGACAGAAAGGCAGCUCAAAUGGUCUGAAGCCUCAAAAUGGAUUUGCUGGUGCUCACAAGUUAGGGACAGCUUCAGGCCCCCUCCCAGCCCUCACGUCCCCCCGCGUCCGAGAUGAGGCCCCGGAUGCUGCCGGUGGUCUUUGGGGAGACCAUCAAAGUGAAUCCGGAACCCACGCACGAGAUCCGCUGCAACUCUGAGGUCAAGUACGCCUCAGAGAAGCACUUCCAGGACAAGGUCUUCUAUGUGCCUGUGCCCACCGUCACGGCCUACAGCGAGACCAUUGUGGCGGCGCCCAACUGCACGUGGCGCAAGUACCGCAGCCAGCUGACCCUGGAGCCGCGCCCGCGUGCCCUGCGCUUCCACAGCACCACCAUCAUCUUCCCCAAGCAUGCCAGGAGCACCUUCCGGACCACCCUGCACUGCAGCCUGGGCCGGCCCAGCCGCUGGUUCACCGCCAGCGUGCAGCUGCAGCUGUGCCAGGACCCUGCCCCCAGCCUCCUGGGCCCUGCCACACUCUGAUGGGGCUGGGGCCGGCCUGGGGUGCUGGAGGGGCCGGGAGGAUAGACACGAUGAGCUCGGCCUGGCACUCGGGCAGGGGGCAGGCGGCGACACCGCCAGGCCAAGGACCCGUGUGGAAGGAGACAGCUCCCGUUGCCUGCCCAGACCCACAGGCUGGGUGGGGUGUCUCCUUGUUUUGAUGUCAAGGACUCAAUAAAAGUACCUAUUUUCUUAGCACCUAAGCUGGAAAGGCAGUAGAGGCAUGUGCUGUUAGGUGGUGGCCACUUCCAGGGUCAGGAGAGAAGAAUGGGUCCAUGGCGUGCCCUUAAAGCCGAGAACCACCCUGAGCAGUGCAAGGACAGAGGCAUCCCAGCCUUAACUGGUGGGGGCGGCUGCAGCUCCCCAAGAGCCCUGCCACCCUGUGUGUCCAGGCUGGUGGCCGAGGCCAUGUGUAAGGGAAGGGGGUGCCUCUCUUCCCUGCUGAUGGCCUGGGGUGUUUCCCAAACAGGCCUUUCAGGCGCGUGCAGGUUGCACCGAGAGGUCCGGAGCUAUGGCUAAGCCACCUCUGGCAGACUGAGCCAGGAGGUUGGGCAGAGGCUGGGUGCUAACGCCAGGGCUGAGGUUGGUUAUACUGGAGGCAGGGAAGGCUUAGAAAUACUUUGAGCUGUGGCUUUGCCACUGUCUCCUGCUCUCCAGUGUUGAAGAUUUGGGGCACUGCCCGUCUAAAUGGAAAGGUUGGUGCCCAGCCAUUGGAGCCUCACCUGCAGGGCACCCCCAGCUAACACCCAUCCCUGCACCGCCUCUAGGACUAGAACCCUUGAUGUCAAAAUUAAAGUGCCCAGCGGAGGCAGUGAAGCUCUUGGAAAUGCUGCCGCCUGUGAGGGGCCGGGUCUGAACUCGAGGGAGUCGGAGCUCAGCUGCCGGUUUAAAGAGACACCAGGGGACUGGGUUGCGGCCCCCAGCCUGCGUUCCUGUGCAUGAUGGAUUCUGCAGUGACAGCAUGUUACUCGUUCCUGCUGCAUACUCGCCCCUGCCCGUGGGAUGUUGUGGGAAGAACGAAGCCUGGGAGCCAGAUGAAGACUUGGCUCAGGGCUCCCUGGAACAAGCUAGGAGGCACAGGGUGCGGGGGAGCUGGGGGAGCCCCCCAGGCUGCUGAACAAACACCUCGAAGCCUGCUCUGCGGCAGGGUGCCGAGAAGAUGCCCCCGUGAGCCUUCCUCCCCCUCAGACCUGAAUGCACCCCACAGUUGGGGGCUGUCCCUGCCACUCCCCGGUAUCCCCCAAAAGGGGGAGGGAAGGUUCGCUGGGGCUUGAGACCUCUCUGUGGGGGGUGAGGAGGGUGAUUCCGUUCACGUCCAGAGAGGCAGAAUGACUGAUAUAUUUUUAUAUGUCUAUACAGAGAGUACGUUUUCUCUCCACAGAUGCUUUCUGGUUAACAAAGGAAUAACUUAAUUGAUUAUCUCAAUAAACUGUGCAAACCCAA